UGCGCCACAGAGUCCCACUAAAUUGCAAGCUUUUCCCGUUCCCGAGUGUGCAUCAUCGGCUACACCUACCGACUCCGUUGUUGUGGCUGGAGCUCUGGGAGCGGUCUCUAUUCCAAAAUCGCAGGGGAGUUUUUAGAAGAAGCGACGGCGUCUUGUUCUUCAAAGAUCCCCUUCAAAAGAAGGAAAAGCACAAUUCAGCACCACAGGAUUGAGGAGAGCGUCUGGAUUUGAGGCGAUUUUCACUGUUCAUACGAGCUUUACCAGAGAGGAGGAUUGUGAUAUUGGGACUACAUUACCAAACAAGGUGUUUUACAUACUUUGGAGACCUGCAAGAAGUACUAAAAAUUGAAGAGAUCAUGACGACAGCCACCUCCCCUAUCUUGCUGAAAUGGGACCCAAAGAGUCUUGAAAUCCGCACGUUGACUGUGGAGCGACUACUGGAGCCCCUUGUUACACAGGUGACUACUUUGGUAAACACAAGCAACAAAGGCCCAUCAAGUAAGAAAAAGGGCCGCUCCAAGAAGGCUCAUGUUCUGGCAGUCUCAGUUGAGCAGGCUACUCAGAACUUCUUGGAGAAGGGAGAGCAGAUUGCCAAAGACAGCCAAGAUCUCAAAGAGGAGCUCAUUGCGGCUGUCGAUGAUGUGCGUAAGCAAGGAGAGACUAUGCGCAUUGCCUCCUCAGAGUUUGCGGAUGACCCCUGCUCUUCUGUGAAACGUGGCACGAUGGUGAGGGCUGCCCGGGCCCUGCUGUCUGCAGUCACACGGCUGCUCAUCCUUGCUGACAUGGCUGACGUUAUGAGGCUGCUGGCUCACCUGAAAAUUGUAGAGGAGGCCCUGGAAGGAGUUAAGAAUGCGACCAAUGAACAGGACCUGGCAAACCGCUUCAAAGAAUUUGGGAAAGAGAUGGUGAAACUUAAUUAUGUAGCAGCCCGGAGACAGCAGGAGCUGAAGGACCCUCAGUGUCGAGAUGAAAUGGCCGCAGCACGUGGAGCUCUGAAGAAGAACGCCACCAUGCUGUACACUGCCUCACAGGCCUUCCUGCGCCAUCCAGACGUGGCGGCAACCCGUGCCAACCGGGACUACGUGUUCAAGCAAGUGCAGGAGGCCAUUGGAGGCAUCUCCAGUGCCGCUCAAGCCACCUCGCCUACCGACGAGAAGCACAGCCAUGCUUGCAUCGGAGAGCUGGCUGCUGCCCUCAAUGAGUUUGAUAACAAGAUAAUCCUGGACCCUUUGACAUUUAGCGAGGCUCGUUUCCGGCCUUCUCUGGAGGAGCGCUUGGAGAGCAUCAUCAGCGGUGCCGCAUUAAUGGCAGACUCUUCAUGCACACGCGAUGACCGACGUGAACGCAUCGUAGCUGAGUGCAAUGCUGUUCGACAGGCCCUCCAAGACUUGCUGAGCGAGUACAUGAACAAUACUGGCAGAAAAGAGAAAGGUGAUCCACUGAACUCAGCUAUUGACAAGAUGACCAAGAAGACCAGAGACUUACGUCGGCAGCUGAGAAAGGCGGUGAUGGACCACAUCUCAGACUCAUUCCUGGAGACCAAUGUCCCUCUGUUGGUGCUCAUCGAAGCGGCCAAGAGUGGAAAUGAGAAGGAGGUCAAGGAGUAUGCCCAGGUGUUCCGUGAACAUGCCAACAAGCUUGUGGAGGUGGCCAACUUGGCUUGCUCCAUUUCUAAUAAUGAAGAGGGUGUCAAGCUGGUUCGAAUGGCUGCAACCCAAAUUGAUAGCCUUUGUCCACAGGUUAUCAAUGCUGCCCUCACUUUGGCUGCCAGACCUCAGAGUAAAGUAGCCCAGGACAACAUGGAUGUUUUCAAGGACCAGUGGGAGAAGCAAGUGCGCAUCUUGACCGAAGCCGUGGAUGACAUCACUUCGGUGGAUGACUUCCUGUCUGUGUCAGAAAACCACAUCCUUGAGGAUGUAAACAAAUGCGUCAUUGCGCUUCAAGAGGGAGACGUGGACACUCUGGACCGAACAGCCGGAGCGAUUAGGGGCCGAGCUGCUCGAGUUGUGCAUAUUAUAAAUGCGGAGAUGGAGAACUAUGAACCGGGCGUCUACACUGAGCGUGUGCUGGAGUCCAUCAAGCUUCUUUCUGAAACUGUCAUGCCUCGUUUUGCCGAACAAGUGGAAGUAGCAAUCGAGGCGCUGAGUACAAACCCGCCACAGGCCUUUGAGGAGAAUGAAUUCAUCGAUGCAUCCCGUUUGGUCUAUGAUGGUGUCCGGGACAUCAGGAAAGCUGUCCUCAUGAUAAGGACACCAGAGGAGCUGGAAGAUGACUCAGACUUUGAACAAGAGGACUAUGAUACUCGCAGUAGGACCAGUGUCCAGACUGAAGAUGACCAGCUUAUCGCUGGACAGAGUGCUCGGGCCAUCAUGGCACAGCUUCCCCAGGAGGAGAAGGCCAAGAUUGCUGAGCAGGUGGAGAGUUUCAGACAGGAGAAAUGCAAGCUUGACGCAGAGGUGGCCAAAUGGGAUGACAAUGGCAACGACAUUAUUGUGCUCGCCAAGCAGAUGUGUAUGAUCAUGAUGGAAAUGACAGACUUCACCAGGGGCAAAGGCCCUCUCAAGAACUCCUCAGAUGUGAUCAACGCAGCCAAGAAGAUAGCAGAGGCAGGAUCCCGAAUGGACAAACUGGCCCGUGCCGUCGCUGAUCAGUGUCCCGACUCGGCCUGCAAACAAGAUCUCUUGGCCUACCUGCAGAGAAUCGCACUGUACUGUCAUCAGCUCAAUAUUUGCAGCAAAGUGAAAGCUGAAGUGCAGAACCUGGGUGGAGAGCUCAUUGUGUCAGGUUUGGAUAGCGCCACCUCGCUCAUCCAGGCCGCCAAGAACCUGAUGAACGCCGUGGUGCUGACGGUCAAAGCCUCAUACGUGGCCUCCACCAAGUACCAGAAGGUGUACGGGACCGCCGCCGUCAACUCGCCCGUGGUGUCCUGGCGCAUGAAAGCUCCGGAGAAGAAGCCGCUGGUGAAAAGGGAGAAGCCGGAGGAGUGCCAGACUCGCGUGAGACGAGGCUCACAGAAGAAACACAUCUCCCCUGUCCAGGCCCUCAGCGAAUUCAAGGCCAUGGACUCCUUCUAAAAAGAAGAAAAGCACCCAAGAAAAGAUUUACAUUGUGUUAGCCCACCUGUUUUCCCUGCGUGUGUACUCUUCUGCACCUCAGGAGAAUGACAGUACAUUUUCAACUGCCACACUCAGCCUCCUGUGAAGACUGUGGGUCUCUAACAUCCUGCGUGCGCGCGCACACACACGACUGCUUUUCGCUCCGUUCUCCUAUCUAAAACACACACACACACACGUGCGAGUAACACUAUUUAUCAGUCUUAUCGUAGCUUAACAUGUGAGAGCCAAACUGUGACAAAAAAUAUGGAACUUACGAAAACUACGUGUCAGGAAGAGGUUUUGAAAAAUGAUGGCGGUUGAUAUAGUCUUAUUAAACUGGUCAACAGCAAAUUUUAGUCACAUGUAUUUUUGACGCUGAUUUCAAAAAUGCCUUUAGAAAAAAAAUUCUAACACAUCAGGUUUUUAAAAAAAAUCUUUCCAUUUUUUGUUUUUAAUUUUGACCUAUAAAACCUUGUGCAAUACUGGUUUUACCAUGCAUAAUUUUAGCUAUGACCUUCAGAAAAGAAAAUACACCUGUUGUUGAACGUAACCAUGAAUUCAUCAAUCUUAUUAAAUAUAUUACAUUUUUUAUUAUUACUAUUAUAAAAAUCAGGGAGGCACGGUGGUUGACCGGUUAGCACGUCCACGUCAGAGCUUGGAGGUCAAGGUUUCAAAUCCGGGCUCUGGCCUUCCUGUGUCUAAUAUGCAUGUUUUCCACGUGCUUGCGUGGGUAUUCUCCUGAUUGAACACUCUAAUUUGUCCCCACGUGUGAUGAUUGUGAGUGUGAAUGGAUGUUUGUCUACAGGAUGUGUGCCCUGCGAUUGGUUGGCAACCAGUUCAGGGUGUAACCCGCCUACUGAAAAACCGAAAACGGCUAGGAUAGGCUCCAGCACCACCCACGACCCAUGUGAGGAUAAAGUGAAUCGGAAAAUGGAUGGAUGGAUGAAAAUCUGAUGUGCCAGAGAGAAAAAAAAACAGGGCACAUUCUGAAUCAGCGCAAAAAAAAAACCUAGAAAUGGUUACUUGCAUGUCUGAUAAAGACAUUUUGCAAAAAUCAGUUGACCAGCGUUAAGACGGCGCCACCUGGCUGCUUGUAUACACGUACUCCUGGAUUGUGCUGUAGAGAAGAGAUUCUUCGGGGUUGGUAUACCUCUUGACUUUUUUUCUUGUUUUUUUUUUAACACAAAAUGUAACCAGUAGAAAUAGAAAUAAUAACUUCUGUUUAAGAUGCCCUGAAGUGUCAGCAUCGAAGUAGUUUCCUUGUUCUGAUACAGUGUUUUAUCCAAAGCAUCCAAAUGGUGUUGCCUUUUUUUUUAAAAAAGAUAUUUAAUGAUGACGUCACUAACUUGAUAUGAUAACCUUGACUGAAAGUUGUGUAGCGUAUAAAUAUGAACCGAGUGGUUUGACUAAAUGUGGUUUACUCUGAAAAUCCGUGCUCCCUUUAUCUCUAAUAAAUCCCUCAACCUGGCCCUCAAAA